AUGGCACCUAUUUUUCCUUUGGACUUUAUAACUCACGAAAAUAAUGGCUCUGCCGGUCAGCAGGCAGUUCAUUAUCUAGUGGUCGAAACAUGGCUCUUACAAUUAGCCAAAGAACAGCAACAAAUAUUCUAUCGUUUAAUAUCCAAUCUGUUUAAUAAGGCUCUGGAAUGUUUAAAUGAAACAAAGGAAAAAAUUGGAGAUUUACAAAAGCGACAUGCAUGGUAUCACUCGGGUAUCUAUCAAUUACGUCAACUAAAAUCUGACCUAGAGUCUAUCCAAAGCCAGUAUGAUAAAAGUAUUCGUGAUAUUUUAUAUGAAAUUGAAAGACAGAAGGAACAUGCAAAAGAAAUACUUUUAAAUGCACUUAAACAUCUUGAAGUAGGUGUCAAUACAGAAAGAUUUAAACAUCAUCUUAAUCAAUUAAUCAAUGAUGUUGAUAAGCUGGUUAAUACUGUGUCAAACGCAAGCAUACCUGCCAUACUUUUAGUUAUUUUUUCAUUUUUAUCUACAUCGUUAUCCACUAUUGGAGGAGCAAUAGCUGCUAUGCAAAGUAGUAGUAUUGCAGCUGGUGCCUCAGCAUUUGGUGUGGGACUUCUAGUUACUAGUGCAGUUGGUGGUGUAGCUAGUGAAGUAAUGUUUAGAAAGAAAAUAUCAGAUUUUAUUUCUAAAAUGGCAGAACAAAUUGAAGUUAUAGAAUAUGAACAAAUAAAACGAUUACAAAUGCUUCAUUAUUAUUUCAAAGGUUUUGAAGAAAAAUUAUGCAAUGAUAAAAAUAACAAUUUAGCCACAAAUAUUGUUUGGUAUGAUAAACAAAUAAAAAGUCGAACAAAUCAGUAUCAUGUUAACAAAUUAACAGAAGAAUUUUUACCAGAAAAUUAUGCAGUGAUACAAAUGGAGACUAAAGAUGAACUAAUUGAUUCAAUUAUAUCUGACACUGAACAUAAUAUCAUAUUGAUCACAUCAGGAUCAGGUGGACAAGAAAUCAUUUCUGAAAUUGGAUCCUAUUGGAACAUUAAAGGAAUAAUGAUAUUUUGUGGGAAGGUAGAUUAUCAUCAAGAAUGGGCAUCCAAAUAUAAGAAAGUAUUACUUGUUACAGAUAAAUUUGAUAAAGUGAUUCAAGAGAUAAAAAAUAUACAAUCUGGCGAAAUUUACUUCUUAAAUCGUGGUUUUUCAUUGGAUGACAUAAUACUAAAAUUACAAAAUGUAAACUAUUAUUUAUCAGCAACUAAUAACGGUUUUAUAAUUACAGAUUUUUCAGUGAUCGAGUCAAAUAUUGAUUAUCACAUAAAUAUUAUGCAUAAAAUACAUAAUUCAUUAGUAUCAAAAAACAUUUAUUCAAACGGUAUUCCAAAGCAUUUUGCAAUUGAAAAUCUAUUAAAAUGUGCUGAAAUGUUUGUAGAAGCUUUAACAAAAACCGAUCCAGAAAAAAAUAUCAUAUAUCUUUAUACAUUGGAAAAGCCAUAUUAUUAUAAAAUAAUUAAUGAUAUUCUUAAUUUAUUAGAUGAAGAAUUAUUAUCAUUAGCUGGAGAUUAUAUUAAAGCAUUACGGUAUGCUUUAUUGAAAUAUUCCGAUACAAGUCAUAAACUACCAAAUACAGAAAAUGUCAAAUUAUACCGAGGAUUAUGUUUAUCAGACGACAAGGAUUUUCAAGAACUUUUAAGAAAAUUCAAACAAUCGGAUAUUAUUAUUUUUCCAGCAUUUUUAUCAACAAGUUUAAAUAGAGAUAAGGCAACACAAUUUACUGAUGGAAAGGGUGUUCUAUUAGAAAUAUCAGCCGAUUGUACACUGUUAAAUAAACCAAAAUGUAUUAGUGCUAUUUCGCAUCACCAAAAUGAAGAUGAAGUAUUAAUAAAUUGUUUUAGUUUAUUAAAAGUGGAUAAUAUUAAAAAACUAGAAGAUACUUUAAUGUUAUAUGAAUGUACCUUGGAAUUAUCAUAA